AUGCGAACUGACACCGCUCUUGAUGAUAUCCCCACGCUGAAAGGUACCAACUCGCCAAGUAAGCCCUCUCCCUCCCCUCUCCAGAGACCACCCAGCGACUCAUUCUCUGCUCCGUGGUCCCUCGUCCCGCGCAGAGAACAAGGUUACCGUGCCCGUUCGGCCUUCAAGCUGAUCCAACUCAACAAGAAGUACGAUUUUCUCUCCUCGGCACGCUGCGUCAUUGAUUUGUGUGCCGCCCCCGGUGGUUGGCUUCAGGUCGCGGCCAAGAACAUGCCCCCCAAUUCGAUCAUCGUCGGUGUCGAUCUCGUUCCCAUCAAACCGAUUCCGAGGUGUAUCACCCUCGUCGAUGAUAUCACGACCGAGAAGUGCAGGAGGGAUAUUCGCGCAGAGGUCAAGGAUUGGAAGGCCGAUGUGUAAGUAGCGCAGCGCAGAUUCUUCGCGGAAGACUUUCUCCAGCAACUGACCCUCCACUGGUCCCCUUGACUGUUCGCGACAUGUUCAUAAAGCGUCUUGCACGACGGAGCUCCCAACGUCGGAUCCGCAUGGGUCCAGGAUGCCUUCACCCAGGUCGAACUCGUACUCGCCUCGCUCAAGCUCGCGACCGAAUUCCUCUCCGCCGGUGGCACGUUCGUCACCAAGGUCUUCCGUUCGAAGGAUUACAACUCGUUGAUCUGGGUCUUCAACCAACUCUUCAACAAGGUCGAGGCGACCAAACCCCCUUCGUCGCGUAACGUCUCGGCCGAAAUCUUCGUUGUCUGUUCCGGGUACCUCGCGCCUUCGAAGAUCGAUCCCAAGUUGCUCAAUGCCAAGCACGUCUUUUCCGAUAUCGACAUCACGACCAGUACGGGUGUGAACCCCCUUUCGGCCGUAGCAGCGUUGGGUCAGGAUGGUAAGAUCUCGAGCAAGGAUACGCUCACGCCGACUUCGCUCAACGUCUUUCAACCGGACAAGAAGCGACGCAAUCGAGACGGUUACGCCGAUGGGGACUUGACGCUGCACAAGGAAUGCGGGGUGUCCGAGUUCAUUCGUUCGGUCGACCCGAUCGGGGUGCUCGGUCUGGUCAAUGAGAUGAAGUGGCGCACGGACGAGGAUAAGAAGUUGUUCAAACACCCUUUGACGACGCUCGAGAUCAAGGCGCUCGUACAGGAUCUCAAGGUGUUGGGCAAGAAGGAUUUCAAGACUUUGCUCAAGUAUCGCCUUGCCGUACGCGAAGACUAUGGUCUCGAGAAUAAAGGUGGGGAUGGGCAAGGGGGCAACGAGGGUCCCGACGCAACGGAGGAAGUCGAGGUCGAACCCCUCGACGAAGACGAACAGAUUGCUCAGGAACUGUCGAGGUUGUCCGCGGAAGAACAAUUGAGGCGCAAGAGGGAGAAGAGGCGCGCGAACGAGAAGAAGGCGAGGGAAAUUCAGAGGAUGCAGCUCAAUAUGGUCACGCCGAUGGAUAUCGGUUUGGAACGCCAGGACGGAGUUGAUGAUGCGGACGUCUUUGAUCUUGGGGAGGUUGAGGGGAAUGAGAAGGCCGGAAGGAGUGGGGUCCAAGGUCGGACGAUGGCGGAGGAUGUCAUUGAUGAGGAUGAGGAGGGUGAUGAAGAGGAUCAGGGCAUUAACGCGGCCCGGGCCAAGUUGUUGAGGAUGGCCGAGCAAUCCGCUGUGCCUAUGGACGAGGACGACGAGGACAACGAGGAACUCGACGAGGAGGAAAUUAAGAUGCGCCGCCUGGAACGAUCGCUCGAUACCGCUUACGACAUGUACCACCAGCACAAGAUGGAACGCGAUGCCAAGCACAAGGCCAAGGAGGAACGACGGAAGCGCGAUGCAAAGGAAGGUGGGGAAUGGCACGGCAUACAAGCCAAGGGGUCCGAUGACGAGGACGAUGAGGACGACGAAGAAGACUUUGACCCUGCACCGCAACCGAGCUCAGACGAGGAGGAUUCUGACGAAGAGGACAUGAAAGUCGAAGGGACGCUCGUCCCGACGACUAGCAAAAACGGCAAGCCCAAGUCCAAGGCGCUGUUGACCAAGUUGCAGCCCGUCGUUUCCGAGGAGAAGAAGACGGCCGAGAAGAGUCGAGCGGCGCAGAUGUGGUUCGAUCAACCUGUGUUCAAAGGGAUGCCGGGUUUGGACAAGCUGCUGAAUGGUGACGAUGACGAAGCAUCAGACGUCGAGGACGAGGCCUCGGUCGAGGCUAGUGACGACGAGGAUGGGGAAACGUGGAACGGUCUCGACUCGGCCGAUGAGGAGGAGGACGAUGAGGAGUUGGAUAGUGAGGAAGAUGAAUACUCGGACGAUGACUUUACGGGCGCUCGCGAGACGCACUUUGAGGACUCGGACAUGGAGGAGGAAGCCGACUUGAAGGCGCAGGAGGAAGCGGAGGAGCUCAAACGACAGCGGAUAGAAGGUGAGACGGGCUUUCAUUACUGUGGCCUAGGAGGCCUGAUCGAGUUACUUUUGCUGACACGCGGCAUUUUUCCUCCGUCUAGAAAUCGGCCUGACCACGGCCGAGGCCAUGACGCUGGCGCAGCAACUCGUCAACCGCGAAAAGACAAAGACGCAGCUCAUCGACGAGGGCUUCAACCGCUACACUUCGAACGUCGGAGGCGACGGCUUGCCUUCGUGGUUCCUCGACGACGAGCAACGCCACUUCCGCAACAACAUCCCAAUCACCAAAGAAGCGGUUGUGGCCCUGAGGGAGAAGAUGCGCGAACUGAACGCGCGGCCAAUCAAGAAAAUUGCUGAGGCCAAGGCGAGGAAGAAGAUGCGCACGAUCCGCCGCGCGGAGAAGAUGCGCGCCAAGGCGCAGGGCAUCAACGACGACGAGGAGAACGGGCUCACGGAGAAGGAGAAGGCCGCGAGCAUCGCCAAGGUCUUGUCCAAGGCCAAGUCGUCGGCGAAACCGACCAAGAAGCGCGAGAUUAAAGUUGUUGUCGCCAAAGGCGCCAACAGGGGGAUCAAGGGACGACCCAAGGGUGUCAAGGGGAGGUACAAGAUGGUCGAUCCGCGAGAUCGGAAAGAGGCGAGGGCGCUCAAGCGGAUCGCAAAGCGCGAUAAGAAGGGGGGAGGACGCAGGAAGAAGAACAAGUAG